AUGCUUCUUUGGACAACCACCUUUCUUGCCAGCCUGGUGGCUGCGCAGACAUACCCCCCUGAUGUUGUCGAUCAACUUGCUGCCGCUAGUCUGCCAAAGGUGAAGGAGUGGCUGGCAAAGAAUCCCCAGGGCAACUGCACUUUGGAGACGGCAGUGAGGAGAAAGGAAUGGAUGGAUUUGACCCUCGCCCAGAGAAAGGAGUACACCAAUGCUGUCCUCUGUUUGAUGUCCAAACCAGCCUUAACCUCCUCUGCCGCCCCCGGAGCAAAGAGCCGGUUCGAUGAUUACAUCGUCGUCCACGUCCAGCAGACGCCGAGAAACCACGGAUCCACCUUCUUCUUACCCUGGCACCGCUAUUACGUAUGGCACUACGAGCAAGCCCUUCGCAACGAGUGUGGAUACAAGGGAUAUCAACCGUAUUGGAACUGGGAUCGCUACCACAAAGACCCUGCAAACUCCCCUCUCUUCGACGGUUCUGAAGGCAGCAUGGGAGGCAACGGCGCCAAAGCCAACUACAAUGGCAUCAUGAUCCCAGGCGCCCCUAGGCCAUAUGACCGCAUUCCCCCAGCCGACGGAGGUGGUUGUGUCACAACUGGGCCUUUCAAGAAUAUGACCGUCAAUUUAGGUCCAAUUGCCCCUAUCUUACAGCUGACACGCAACCCCCGUGCCGAUGGGCUCGGCUACAAUCCUAGAUGUCUGCGCCGCGACAUCAAUAAGAACUCAGCUGCUGUAACAUCCGCAAAGGACGUCUACGACGUCAUCACCAAGAACAACGAUACUCAUUGGUUUCAGACAGUGAUGGAGGGGGGGCACUACACUGUCGGGGGGGAUCCUGGAGGGGACUUUUAUACCAGCCCGGGUGAUCCCGCCUUUUGGCUUCAUCACACCAUGAUUGACCGUGUUUGGUGGAUCUGGCAAAUCCAAAACUUGGAGAAGAGACUCAAAGAGGUCAGUCACACGAGAACCAUGUCAAACUUCCCACCAUCUGCCAACGGAACCCUUGACGAUCUGAGCGGGCUGGGUGUGUUGGCGCCCGAUGUCGAGGUGAGGGAGCUGAUGAGCACAAUGGGUGGGUUGAUGGGCAAGUUCUGUUACAUUUAUGAGUAA